AUGCUCGCGGAGCUUCAACAGAGGGCCGACAAGGAAGAAGCGGAGAAGCAGAGCCUCGCUAAGGAGGUCGAGCAGCUGGAGGCGUCGGCGGCUGCCGUGGAGAAGGACACGAAGGCCGCCGCGCAGGAGGCGCUUGACAUGCAGGCCAAGAUCGAGCUUGCGGAGAGCGAGACCGAGUCCUUUAAAGCGGCGCUCGUCAGCGUAUCUGAGACGGUGAGCGCCGCGGUCUACGGCCCCGAGAGCGACCCCAUUCAGUUGCUGAAGGUUGCUGUCACGGACAUUGCUGCCAGCGAGGAGAAGGCGGCACAGCUCUUGAGGAAGAAGCAGGAGGCCAGCCGGCGGGCCGAGGCGCUCGGGAAGAAGCUCGAAGAGGUCGCCAGGGCCCGGGGCCGGCUGGAGGCGGCCAGGGAGAGAGCGAAGAGGCUCUCCGCGGGCAUUGACGCCAUCGCGACCGGCGUGGGCGUGGGCGGCGGCAACCUGUUCUCGAUUUUCUCGGACCCUUUGCAUUGCUCGAACGUGUGCAUUCUUUCCUCGGCGAGGACCUUCGAGGAGCAUCCUCGACCAUCUGGCGAAAAAAAACGCGCACGACACCGAAAAAAAGCACAGGGAAUGGACGUCCGAGCGAUGGCCAGGACCAGACGGAUGAGGGGAAGAUCAACUCCAUCCUGGCGGCGCGUGCAAGGGCCGUGCAGACGUAGCGCCCCAUGCAGCCUGCGUCGGCGGGGCCCGCUGUGGACCCUCGCGGCAGUCCUGGGCCGCGGCGCGUGCGGCGGGGCGCCGGCUGUUAGGGGCGCCGGCCGGGCACGCGCGCGUCCAGCGCCCACGGCAGCGCGCACCCGACGCAGUCUGCGGCCGAUGUGGGACCCUGGGAGGGAGCUGUUGCCUUUUCAACCUGAGAGAACGACCCAGGAGGAAAAGCCGACUCCGAGGCAUGACCGGUUUCCUUGGAACCACUCCGCCAUGCCAAAGGAGCGUGCGCGCGCGUGUCCCGUGCGCGCACGCGCGUCUUUGCGCUCGAGCACUAAGCGGCCCGUGCGCUCUGCGCGCGCCGCGCCUGGCUGCUGGGCUAUCCGGGCGGUCCAGGCAGCUGCGCCCCCUAUUUUAAGUCAGCUCCCGCCUGGUGUCUUGUUCCCUGGCCGACUCCAACCUGCCCCGUGCUUCGCCCGAUGUUAUUUUGUAGCCAAUUAG